GCUACAGCCAGUGGCACAACAAGGCCCAAGGCAGAGGGAGACCGCACGCGCAAUCUGGCAGCUAGCCAGAGCCACGAUCCACGCGCACGCGCCUCCGCCGCCGUGUUGAUAGAUUGCUGCCGCCUUGUGCGCCGGCACCGCCACCUGCUGAUCCCGCUCCCUUGUCACGCACCUCUGCCGCUCUUCCGACGCAGCCCGCGUCGCGCCGUCCCGCGGCCUGCUCCUGCAAUCCGGCCUCGCACCUGCCCCGGCGGCCCUGUCCCGGCGGCAGCCGCCGCGCUGCAGGCUUGUCCCCUUCGGUUCAGGACCAUUCUGCUGGAGAUUUUUGGAUCUGGAAUGAGACUAACACGGAAUAAUGACCAGGUUCUAAGAUUGCUCUUUGGUGACCGAUCUGCUUAUGCAUCCUUUGUCAUGGCAAGCAACAUUGCAGUAAAAGGAGUUAAUAAUUGGGGCAGGCCAAAUUGGCUCCGCGUCCUCCCUUGUGCCAGUAAUUAUUUCUGCACCUCCUUCUAUGCCACCAAAGGCAAACAAUUUGACAUCACCAAGGGAAUGGAUAGAUCAGAGAUGAAGGGGCGAACAAAGCAAGUCUUUGUUAGCCAUGCCUCUUAUCCUGUAUCUGAACGCAACAUCCUUAAGAAAACCACCCAUCGGGACGGUUCUAUAUACAAGAUAAACUAUGGUCUUCUAAAGCUAUGGCAUCUUACUCAACGUGAUGAGACACAACUAGAGCCGAUGAUGUUCUCAAAUCCCAUGAAUUGUUUCCCGGAUAGGGAUAGAUGCAUGGUACAUUCUGCAACUGCUAUGAUGCAGAUUUUCUCGCUGAAAUUGGAAAAAGCUAGUACCAACAUCGGCUUGGUACAACUAUAUGGAUAUAUAGCAGUGCGUGAUUGUCAUGAUUCAUUGCUUAAUUAUGUCUUCAAUCGUAGCAGAGAUGAUCCCAUCAUUGUGGAACAGGGUUCUCUUAUUGAGAUGACCGGCCCUAAGCGAGGCAUCACAAUGGUAGCCCCUGUUCUAGUUGAGUUUGACAUGAGGAUCAAGAAAGGAAAGCAAGAAGAUGAUCUACAACUAAUUGAUGGUGCAAUGGAGUACCACGAUCUAGUCACACCUGAGUACCCAUUCACGCAUCGGUUUAAUGGUGACUGUGGCGCGGUUGACAUCACUUUAGCCCUUAUUCGUUGGGCAUUUGAGGCCACAAUAGAUGUUGUCAUAUCAAAAGUGCAGUGUGGAUUUGAUUUAUCCCUCAGCUCAUGUAUUCUCCUUAUGGAUGAUUUACAUGAGAUUCAACUCUUUCGUGGCAGUAUUGGUGAGUCGUGUGGCUUAAGAAGACAUGUGAUUGCUGUGGAGAAGGAUACUUUGAUGCAUUUGAAGUUCAAGGUAGGUCAGAAUAGUUGUAAAAAUGAUUUUGAUCACCAUUGUUCCUUCAAAGCGAAAAAACAUGGGUACGACUAUCAGCAAAUCAUGUUUGAGCUUGCCUCUAUCUCAGUGAAGGUGACUUGGUCGAACUUGCAAAGCUAAGUCACUUGUUUCAUAUUUGUACCAUUUUAUUAAGAUUAUUAAUAUAUAUUUGUAUGACUGUCAUGCGGACAACGGCGAGAAGAGCAGGUAGAGGUAGAAAUGCCGAUGGUGUGUGGAUAAUAUAUCUACACGCACACUAUAUUGAAGCAGAGACGUGGCUGGCUCAGCAACACUAUGCCGGAGAGCAAUUGUCUGCACGUGACACACGUGGAUGUUGGGAUCUUUCGACAACAUGUAUCGUUGUACUAGUCGCUCAGGAGAUGAGAUGAUCCACAUCACGUAGUAUAGGAGUACCCUCCUUGUAAAAAAAUAUAAGAGCGUUUAAACCACUACUUUCUUUCACUAUUCAAGAUAUCUUCCGA